UUUAUAAAUCAGCACUGGGACGUUUUCACUUCUGUGACCGAGAUCUUCAUCCUUGUUCCACCUUUACUGGGCCUAAAGGGAACUGAAAUGACACUGGCCUCAAGACUCUCCACCGCUGUGAACGUUGGCAGAAUGAACUCUUCAGGCGAGAAGUGGGACCUGAUCGUCGGAAAUCUUGCCCUCAAACAAAUACAAGCUACAGUUCUGGGCUUCCUGGCUGCUCUUGUAGCAUCGGCUCUUGGAUGGAUCCUGGAAGAGGAGCUCUUCAUGAACCAUGUAGCUCUGCUUUGCUGUUGCAGCGUGGUGACGGCGUUCACAGCAUCUCUGCUGCAGGGGAUCUUAAUGGUUGGUGUGAUUUUUGGGUCCAAGAAGGUGGGCGUCAACCCUGACAACAUAGCCACGCCCAUUGCUGCCAGUUUUGGUGACCUCAUCACACUUGGACUGCUCGCCAUCAUCAGUCAAGGCUUAUUUUACAGCAUGGAACCUUACCCUUAUAUUACCUACCUGGUGUGUAUUUUUUUCCUGUCCCUGACGCCGGUGUGGGCCAUUCUUUCAUUUCGGCACCCUGAAAGCCAAAAACUGCUGUUUUCCAGCUGGGAGCCAAUAAUAACCGCACUGGUGAUCAGCAGUCUUGGAGGACUGAUUCUGGACCGAACCGUCACAGAUCCACUGCUUGAGGGAGUUGUUCUCUACACCCCUGUUAUAAAUGGUGUUGGUGGUAAUCUGGUUUCCGUCCAGGCUAGUCGUAUAGCCACGCAUCUUCAUUUUCACUGUCCGCCGGGCGAACUUCCAGACGACUCUAAACGAUGUUACUGUCCUUGCCGCAGCUUUUACACCACAGGGCCGAACGGAAGAUCAGCACAGGUGCUGCUCAUGUUGGCCAUCCCAGGUCACUUGAUCUUCGUCUACACCAUUUACCUAAUACAGGGCAGCCCGGCUCCACCCACUGCUUUCUUCAUUUCCUUCUAUUUGGUAGCAGCUUUCACACAGGUGUUUCUCCUGCUGGGCACCGCUGAUGUGGUGGUUCACUGCUUGUGGAAAUGCGGCAGGGACCCUGAUAGCUUCUCUAUCCCGUAUCUGACGGCUCUGGCGGAUUUGUUGGGAACUGCCUUUCUAGCACUGUGUUUUCUUCUAUUGUCAUUGGUGACAUAAAUGUUGAAAUGUCAUUGUCAUAUUUCAUUAAACAGAACACUAUCUGAUGUGCUGGUUUACAUUUCUCGGCACAGUUGAACAUUAGUGGAUGACUUUACUUGAAAUAUUUGAAAUAUCAAUCCGUCCCAUACAUGCAGUUCAAUGAAUCACACAUGCUGCCUCAUGUGACAAUAGUACUUCUCCAAGUCACAUGACCAUCUUCACUGAAUAAAGAACAGCUGUUUUCAUAUGUUAAA